AUGUACACCAAUGAACACCAGAAAUGUCUUUUGGAAUCGUAUAAGAGAGAGCUUGAAGCUAAAAAGUUUGAGCUUGUUACCUUAAAAGCAAUAGUCACACAGAAAAAAGACUCUUCAAUGCGUAAUGCUGACGAGGAGCGUAGCCGUGCUGAUGCUCUGGAGAGGGAACUUCAAAUGCAAAAUGAAGUCUGCCGAAAAUCGCAGAAUCAACUAGACGAUUCGAGGAAAGAAAAUGAGAGAUUGAUGCAAUCACUGAAAGAAGCACACAACUUGCUUGAUCGACAUGUGCAGUCCAUCAACAAACACUGUGAGCUUGAGGCUGUUGUCCAUCUCGAGCUGGACGAGAUUAAAACGGAGUGCCAGACGCUAAACGAGUCGCUCAGUAAAGCACAAGAAGAGAAGCAGCUCUUAGAAGACGCAUUAAAAUGCAGAACGACAGAGUGGGAUAAAAAGGUAUUUACAGGAAAUGUUGGGACAGCUAAUAUCUCUUCACGGCCUGUUCACAUGGAGUGGGGGACCUCGGGCAGGUGA